AUGAAAGAAUUGCACGAUUUUGCACGCCGCGCCGUGGAGAAGGGCGAAGCCCACAUCUACCUGAAUGCCCUUCACAAAAAUUUGCAUACUAUGGUCAAAGAAGACUUUUAUGAACCUCUCUGUCACAAGGCCUCAGUUUUACAUUCUGAGGUUAAUGAGAAUCACAAAAAAAAAUGGAAUUCGAGGAUUUUCAGAGUCUAAAAUCCCGAAGAGACCCUCUGAGCAUUCAGCUUUUCAAAGACAGGACCUUAUGGAUUGCGAAAAUUCCGAGGUGAAAAAUAAUAAUAUUUAUCAAUCUUUGAAGGAAAAAAAAAAUGUAAAACUGAAAAUUUCAAGCUGCGACUUCUGCGACCGUCUUCUGAUCCAGUCGACGGAUUAUUAUAUUCGCCAGAACUUGGAUUUUCUUUCCGAAGAUUUUGAAUCGAAUAUGGCUAUUUUUAGGUUGGAAAUUUUAUUUUUAGUUUCAUAGGGGUUGAGAAUAAUUCUUGGAGGGUUUUAAAGUUGAUUUCAGUGUGUUAUAUGAGGUCUUAGAGCUUGUAAAAAAACCUUAGAAAAAAAUUGAAAAAUUUACCUUUAUGUACUAAAAAUUAAAAAGAAAAACUCAGUUUAUCUUAUUUUUUUCAAGCUUAAAAAAAUAUGAUUUUCUUCGAAAAAAAUUGUUUGCUGUGGCGUUCAAAAAGUUGUUCUUGAAAAUUUUAGAUGUAAAAAAAGUUUUUUUCUCAAAACGAAAUGUUUUAUUUAAUUUAAAAAAAUCAUCAAAAUUGGAAAAAAAUUGAAAAUUACAGCUUUUCAGUUUCAAAUUUAGGUGGUUUAAUCAAAUAAAUACAUUUUUUUCUUUCGAAAUAAAUUUUUCAGGCUUCUCACCCAAAGAUCCGUCUAUUUGUUCGAAAAAAAGGAGACAAGUUAA